AUGUGGCGAACCAGCAUCCAAAGCCGCCAAAUAAUAGCGAAAUUACCGACAAGGACGUCGUUGACGCCGCUAACACUCACACGCCACUACCAGACGCCUUCAAACGGUCCCCAGCGCUCUUUCAAGCCGGGAUCGAGACCUAAGAACGCCUCUCGACCCAAGAAUGACUAUCGACCAUCCAAACACACAAAGGGUCCCCAGCCCAAGCCCAGAAACUCCCCUCGGUCAAAAGACAAGACAGCUCAGAGAUCCAAGCUGCCGUUGAACGGUCCUCUGAAACUGAAUCUCCAAACACCAGAAAUCCACCUCACUGUCGACCACACCAAGGCCAAGACAUGGUCCGAUCUCAAGGUGCCUACCAACAUUGCUAGUGAAAUAAGCAAAGCCAUUGAAAGCGCAGUCGAGCCAGAAUAUGCGCAAAAGCAGUUCCUGUCGAUCGUCAACUCAGACAUCUCGCUAGUCUGGAAUUCACUGCCGGGAUGUGGAGUGUCUACCGCCCUGGACAUUGCUCUGCUGUCCAAACCAGAACGGAUCAACGUGCGCAACGCAACAAACCCCAGGGACUACGGAGUCAACCAUCUGCUAAUUGUGUCCUCAGAGCUCGCGGGAAAGCAACACCUUAAAAGACUUCUAGAGAUCAGCAAAGCAAACACAAGAAACGGGGAGGAUAAGGCCAAGACUGAGGGUUACAUGGCCCAGCUGCUUUAUAGAGCUUCUCCAGAGGCUGAAAAAGAACAGCUCGCGUUGCUCAGGAAGGCUCCCAGUCCCCAGGUACUCAUUACAACUCCGACGCGGCUCAUGGAUAUUCUACAGUCGGACUUCAGAGACCGCCUGAACCUCAAGCAACUGUCCUCCAUCUUUGUUGAUGACGCUGACGUGCUUUUGCCCCAGGAGAAAUUCAUUCUCAAGACAAAGACCCAAAAGAUCAACAAUCAUACCAAGCCCAUCAUUGAACUGGGCGAUUACAUUGCAUCUCUUAGAAACGGAUACAUGAGAUCCGAGCUCCUAGAAUUUCCACCUCUACAAAUUGUGUGGGCUGGUGCUACUCUGAAAUCGUUUCACAAACGCCUCUUGACAUCUCUGGGCUGGAGUGAAGGCAGACCAGUCGUUGACAUUGGCCUUACUCAUCACAACCUGGUCAAGGCUCCCUAUAGUGUCACUUCUCCUGAUGUGGAUGUUAGAAUUGUGUCCAAACCCACACGCAAAUCUCCUUGCACUAACGUCGUCCUUCCUCCUAUUAACUUAGGGCUUGCUAUGGAGGAACUUCAGGAUGUUCUAAGUAUAUCUAGAGACCGAGGAGAGUACCUGAAGAUGAAGUUUGCUGCUAUCCGUGAUUUUUACAACGAUAGAUAUACUCAAGUGAUGCGAAAGCGGUUCUACAACAAGCAGCUUUUCUUGGACAAGUCUUAUUUUGAAGCUGCUUCAGAUCUUAUUCGGAGCAGACCCAAAGAGCGUGCUUUGGUUCUCACUACUCAGUCUUUCAAGGCUGACAAGUACAAGGACGCCUUUGCUGAGGUUGGAAUCAACGCAGCUCAUGUGGCUGACCUGGAUCCUUCUCGAAUGGACGAUUUCUGUCAGACAUUCUUUUCUACUCCCAUCGAUCCUUCCAACGACGCUACCCAGGAUAUGCCCGAGGCUAUUGUUUGCAACCUGCGACAGUUCAAGGGUAUUCAGCUUCCUGGGCUAAGUAACGUGAUUGUUCUUGGAUGGGAGUCUCUGGAGGAAGAGUCUGAUUUUGCAUUGAUUGCCAACAUGUGCAACACCAAGGAAAGUAUCAAGGCUCGUAACGACGACGAGUACAAGGCCACGGCACGGGGGCAAAUGAGCGUCAUUCUUGAUUCCGAGGAUAGCCACGAUGAGGUGCUGCUUGAGAGAAUUGCAUACACUGUUGCCAAGGCUGGCGUUGAGUUAGAUGAGACCGACGUAGUUGUCAGGGCUGCCGAGAAUAUGAAGGGCAAGAAGAUGGAGAAACAACUAUCGGAGGAACCAAAGAAGCCCAAGAGGUUGGGUAAGAAAAAGGCUGCUAUCGCAGAGAGGAAAGCUGCCAGAGAGGCUACUGCCAAGGCCAAGGAGAGUGGAGUUGGAGGGGGUGAUAUUGCAUCUGAGUCAUCUGACACUAUGGACUCCAAGCCUGAACUGUCCAACGUUACGGGCCCUACAUCUGAGUCCCAGACUAGGUCUGACUCUACAGACCCUACAAGUACUUCUGAGAGCUCAUCUGGAUCAGAACCAUCGCAACAGAAACAAUCAGCUUAG